ACCACCCUUCCUUGGUGGGGACUCAAUCAAAGAACUCCGGUCAGUCUCGUCUUCUCCGACGGCGACCUCUCACCCAUCGAUCUCCCCUCAAACCCACCUUCAUUUUCACUUCAUUUCUUGACCUUCCAGUCUCUCUCUCUCUCCUCCUCCGAACCCAGAUCGAGAGCUCCUUCAUUUGCCCGGUUCUUGAAAAUUUCUGCAAUCCUCGGACGAAUCGGAGGCUUGGAAGCUUUCUCCGCUGGAAAAAGCUUCGAUUUUGCGACAUGGGCUCCGACAAACAAGCCCCGAUAAUCACCCAAGAAGAGGACCCUCCGAACCCAUCCACCGCGCUCCUCUCGUUCGACACUGACUCGGUCGACGAGUCGACGAAACCGAAGUCCUCGGCUCAAAGACCCGUGGCCACCGUCGCCUUCAUCUCUCUCCUCCUCGUCACUUGCAUCGCUCUCUCCGCCGCCGCCGCGUUCGCCUUCCUUUUCUUCUCUAAACCUCCACCUUCCACUUCUCCGUCGUCGUCGUCGGCGUCGGCAUCAGCGUCGAACGCGUCUAAUUCCGAUUCCAAUUCAAUUGAAACCACCGCUCGCUCUCUCAAGAAGCUGCAGAAGCCGGUGGUUCUUCUGAUCUCGUCCGACGGGUUCCGGUUCGGGUACCAAUUCAAGACCCCGACCCCGAACAUCGGCAGGCUGAUCGCGAACGGGACUGAGGCCGAGGCGGGCCUGAUUCCGGUAUUCCCUACUCUCACUUUCCCUAAUCAUUACUCGAUUGUCACUGGCUUGUACCCUGCUUAUCACGGCAUCAUCAAUAACCACUUUGUGGAUCCUCAUACUGGGGACACCUUCAAUAUGGCUAGUCAUGAGCCCAAGUGGUGGCUCGGCGAGCCUUUGUGGGAAACCGUGGUGAAUCAUGGGUUGAAGGCCGCCACUUACUUUUGGCCAGGAUCUGAGGUUAAUAAAGGAUCGUGGACUUGCCCUGAGCGUUUCUGCAGGUUUUACAAUGCAUCAGUGCCGUUCGAGGAGCGGGUCGAUUCGGUCUUGAAGUUCUUCGACGUGCCUAGUAAUGAGAUACCUGCGUUCAUGACUUUGUAUUUCGAGGAUCCUGAUCAUCAGGGUCAUGAGGUUGGGCCUGAUGAUCCUCAGAUCACCGAGGCAGUUGCGAGGAUCGAUAGGAUGAUUGGAAGGUUGAUCGAGGGUCUAGAGAAGAGAGGGGUUUUUGAGGAUGUUAAUAUAAUCAUGCUUGGUGAUCAUGGGAUGGUUGGGACUUGCGAUGAAAAGCUGAUAUUCUUGGAUGAUUUGGCAUCUUGGAUUGACAUCCCGGCAAAUUGGGUGCAAUCUCACAGUCCAUUGCUGGCGAUCCGUCCUCCUUCAAGUGUAUCACCGGCUGAUGUCGUUGAGAAGAUGAAUGAGGGAUUGAGAUCCGGCAAAGUUGGGAAUGGACAGUAUUUGAAGAUGUAUCUCAAGGAAGACUUGCCAAGUAGGCUUCAUUAUGCGGCGAGUGAUCGGAUUACGCCCAUAGUAGGGUUGAUUGAAGAGGGAUACAAGGUGGAACAGAAGAGAAAGAAGCACCAGGAAUGCGGAGGAGCGCACGGCUAUGACAAUGAUAUCUUCUCCAUGAGGUCGAUCUUCAUUGGUCAUGGUCCUGAGUUCGCUAGGGGGCGAAAAGUCCCUUCUUUUGAAAACGUUCAGAUAUACAACUUGGUCACUUCGAUUUUGAAGAUACAGGGUGCUUCAAAUAAUGGAUCUGCUUCUUUUUCAAAAUCUAUUCUUUUGCCUAGCCCGUGAUGUUUCUCUCUACAGCAGCUUCAGAUCAGCCUCGCCUCACCGCUUCUAGGACGUCAGCGAAGCAAACCGAGCAUCUUGAUAUAAUGCAAAAAACAUGUAUCUAGGAGUUCGCCUAGGUAACAGUCACGGAUCUAGAAAUCAGGCAGUUCACUAGAGAGGUAAGGUUCUUGAAUGCUUUGGAUCAUUCCUUGGUCAGUAAUGUGGCAUAUAUGUUUAGUAGUGGAAUGCUAUUAAUUUGCCUAAGUCAUUUCCAUUCAUUAUGAGCUCAAUCUGUGAGAACAUAAAUGGUUUAUGUGAUACCGAUGAUAUAUGUCAUCUGGUGGCAGCAAUUGCUUUUGUCA